AUGUGGAAUCUAAAGAUUCCCUCAGAGCUCCUGCAGGAGAUACUCUCCCGCCUCGGAUUAAAAGCCAACAUGAAUGCUUCUCUUGUCUGCAAGGCAUGGCUUAAAUCCUCUGUUUCCGUCAGGAAGUUACAGCCUCACCCAUGGCUUUUCUAUCCACUCGAAAAAUGGUCUCCCACUGGUCCAACCUACAUUCUUACUGACACAUUACGAUCUCAAACACGUGAGCUCGAUCUCCCAGAGCUGAGAGGCCAUGGAUUCUCUCAUUCUAAAGAUGGUUGGCUACUUGUGACAUUGCAAAACUCAGAAGCAUUCUUUCUCAACCCGUUCACACUGGAACACAUCUACUUGCCCCAGGCGUCACCAGAUUUCUCAGGCUACUGCUUAGCUUUCUCAUCCGCUCCUACAUCGCCUAGCUGUGUUGUGGUCGAUACUUGGCAGCCUGUACCUGUGGCCACCUCGGGGUUUUCGACCCGCUUAGAGCAACGUGGAACAUUCUUCCAGUGGAACCCUGCCCUGCCUCUCAUCGUCGCCGGACAGUACACAUGUGGCCAGUAA